UUUGAAGAAAGCAGAGAGUGAAGUAUGUCAGACGACGAGGCUGCUCUUCGUAAGAUACUCAGCGUUUGGAGAUAUUAAAGAAGACAGUAUGAACAAGAAGAGGAGUGAUUUCGUCAUUUAAUGGGACAGGAGUUUAUUUGGACUGCCAAUUACCUGAAUAUCUGCCUAGAUUUGUACUAAACUCAAGGCAGAGCCAGAUAUGGAUUAAAGCACUGACAGCCAAUAAAGACAAAGAGUGGUCAAAGGAGAGUGGCAAUAGAAAUUGGCAAAGGGACUGUCAUCAAAGAAGCCAAAGGUGUCUGCGUGACUGCAUCAAGAAUUUUAUGUGCAACAGCCACUUUUUGAGGAUGAUGGAGACCUUGUCACAGAGCUCCAUGCUUGAGUGUCAAAUCUGUUUUAACAACUUCAGCCAAAGGCGCCGUCCCAAACUCCUGCACUGCCAGCAUACCUGCUGCUCCAUGUGUCUAAGCCAAAUGAGGCUCAGUCAGAGAGAAAUCCGCUGCCCUUGGUGCAGGUGCAUAACACAUCUCACCAACGGCAUCUCUGUCGCCCAUCUUCCCGAUGACCAGGAAGUGCUCUCAGUCAUCAGUCUCUCUCAGUCCUCUGAGCACACGCCCAUCUUUAUACACUUACCAAACAGCGGCUGCUACCUGCUGCCUGUUCCUCUGGACACAGAUGGGGUGCUUCUCCCUGGAGAUCAGGAGUGCCGUUUUGCCCCCAAAAGUGUUGGUGUGUUAAAUGUCUUAGAUGGGCGGAGCCUGGUGUUGGGGGAGGAACAGGUUGAGGACAGGAUGGAGGAGGAGGUGGCGGUUCAGACCACGGCAUGGACAGGAGUUUGCACUGUGCUACUUGUGGCUUUUAUUUUAAUUUUUCUGCUAGGCAUUGUGUUGCACAACAUGUCCUGUAUAUCCAAACGGUUCACCAUAAUCUCCUGUGGUUGAGACGGUAGACUAUGUGGAACAAUUAGGAAAUUAAAUGGUUUGAUGAACUCUUGUAGUUAGAGAUGUCUCGUUUGAUAUCAAAUAGUAAUUAUGUGAAUCAUACAGACCUACAGUAUAUGAAAGGAUAUGCUAACUAUAUAUAUGAGAGCAUAAGGGAAUUAAAGAAUACUCAACUUCAAGCUAAAGUUAAGGGCACUAUCUAAGCAGACAAAGGGUUUUCAAAUGUUAAUGAAAGCACUGAUUUAUUCUUAGCAAUUAUUUGGGGAAUUUGUUCAGUUAAUGGGCAGAAAUGUCAUUAUUGACAAUGUAUUUGCAUGUCUUGUAUGUAUGUACAUGAGGGAAACUAGCUUUGAAAAAAUCUAAUUUUCCAUGAUCUCUAGUGCUUAACUAGACCUGUGCAUUGUUGACAGUUUGUAAUAGGUUUGUGCAGUUUGUCUGAAAACAAAAUACAGCUUACGAUGUUACAAAAUGUCAUAGUUCCACUGCCUAAGUGAGUCUUUGUUUUAGAGAUCGUAAUCGAAAUAUACAGUGAGCUGUAUAAUAAAAUAUCACAAAUGUAGUGUUUUCAAUGGUAGCAAACUGUAUUGAUUUUUUUUUUUUGCU